UGACGCUAGACAUCUGAGAAGUAAUGCAUGGAAGCAUUUUGGUUUUGAUCAAUGUAGAUAAACACUUGGAUAAAGAUAAGGCUGUAUGCUGACUUUGAAAGACACAACUACCUUAUGGUAAUAUUGCUGCAAAAAAAAAAAAAAAAAGGUUUACUAAAUAGCUUGUCUCACAAAUGAGGCAAAUAAAGAACUGAAUAAACAGACUGUUACUUUUCCAGUGUAGUUUGGGGCUAGGCUGUGUGGGUUGCAUUCAAAUGAAUUAAAACAAAUGAUGUGCUUGUUUUCUUCUUUGGAAAGUGACAGCUGCGCUGUGUACUCCUUCCUGCCUUUCAUCUGAUACAUCAUUGCCGUGCUUCACUGCGCCCAUGAAACCCGUGUAAAACUUAGUUUCCUGUUAACAAUUUCCUGCACAUUGACUGUGUGCAAAGGAUUUUGAGGGGACUGAAAAUGUUUCUUCUUCUGAGUUGUUGGAUUAUUGCAGGUGUUUCAGCAGAGGACCCACCAACGAUGCACUACAGGGAGAGAAACAGCUCUUUAUGUCUAAAAAUCAGAAAACCACCACCACAUAAAGACAUCAAGUGGCGUUUUAAUGAGAAAGUCAUUGUUAUGCAGAUGAACGUCACACCUAAGUACAUAGGUAAAGUGAAUUAUAAUCCACAGGACCACUCCGUGUGUAUCAACAAGCUCAACGACACAGACAGUGGCAGCUAUCAAGUUUCAGUCACUGAUGGGAAUUAUGAUGAAUCAGUGGAGAAACACAUACUGAUUGUUGAAGAAACUGUUCCCACACCUGUCAUUAGGAUGUCAGGGCAGCACUCCAACCUGUCUGCUGGAUUCUGCAACAUCACAGUCAACUGCUCCAUCCAGGACGACUGGGUGUGGUCUGUCUGCGAUGAAGACAGUUGCGCAACAUCUCAGAGAUCACUGAGGAAGGUCAACAUCACCAUCUCAACCAAAAACAGAUCUAUUGUGUGUAGUGGCAACAACCAUGUCAGCACAAGCAAUGUUUCUGAAAGCAUAGAGGCAAGGUGCUCAAGAAAAUCCAAUUCUGAACAUGGGGAGACAUCAGAACCACCCACUGUACAAAUAAUAGUUAUUGCAGUGUGUGUGUUCUUCGGUGUUUCUCUCUUCUGUGCUGUGUGUGUGGCCAAGGGACUUUUUUCAACAGGCCGUAACUCCUUUCAGGGUCGGACAUCUUCUGCUCAGUUAAUAGAAAACCAGCCAGUGGAUGCACAGCCACAGCCUGCGCAGAGAGUCUCUACCUCUUCUACCUCCAGUCAAGCUGAGGCCUCUUAUGAAAACGUGGAUACGUCACAGCCCUGCCAGACCAGCAGCCCAACCAUCAGCCCAAGAGAGGGCUUGGGAUCUGCGCAAAGUCAGAAAGUAGAUACUGUGUACAGCAUUUUACAGGCACCAAAUGUGACUUCCUCGCUAGGCAAAGUUGAUGGCAGUGAAAAUACGAAAGGACCCAAGGACGUACAAAAGGCAUCGGCGUCUCAGUAUGCCAUCCUGGACGAGGCACAGCACCCUGCAAAAAUUGACACAGUGUACAGUGUGUUGCAAAAGCCAAAAAUCUGAAGUCACAGCACCACCGAUACGUCAAAUUUUCAGAAGACAUGAGAAGAUGAACAUGACAAGUUAGACUCUGUUAGUUGAGCAGGUUAGACUCUGUGAAAGCCAGAAUUAUGAUAUUGACGUUCAUUCAGUAUUCACUUGAAACUGGAGGACACUUCUUUCGUGAUUUUCCAAUUUUUUUUUUUUUUUUUUUUUUUUUUU